GGGGUUGGGGCCGGUCCCCAGGGACUGGGCCGGGAGCCAGGUGGGGGUUGGUACGGGGCAGAACGCUGCCAAACAUUAACUUGGAAGUGUGGCUAUAUAAUGAAGUAGUUGUACUUGAGAAUAUUGUCAUGACAUUUAUAGUAAUGGUGGGCACCGUGGGAGGCGUCAUGGGCACCGUGGGGCGCCUGGGGAGGACCUUCCUUGGGUCACGGUGUGGGUUCACAAUGUCCGCUGUGCGUCCCAGCUCAGAUAUGGCCAAGUUUAGAGAGAUUUACCGCACCUCGAGGCGUGUGGCUGUUCUCACCGGUGCAGGAGUUUCAGCAGAAUCAGGAGUUCCCACUUUUCGUGGAGCCGGAGGAUUUUGGCGGACUUGGCAGGCUCAAGAACUGGCAACUCCUGGAGCCUUUAGGCGGAAUCCCUCACUGGUGUGGGAGUUUUACCACUAUCGUAGGGAAGUCAUGCAUACCAAGAAUCCUAAUCCUGCUCAUUUGGCACUAGCAGAGGCAGAACAGCAUCUUACAGCACAGGGGCGGCAUCUAGUUAUUAUCACACAAAAUAUUGAUGAAUUACAUUUUAAGGCUGGAUCAAAAAAUGUCAUAGAAUUGCAUGGAUCACUGUUCCGAACCCAGUGUUCAAAGUGUGGAGAAGUACGUGCCAACACUGACAGUCCUAUUUGUCAUGCACUUGCUGGAAAAGGAGCCCCAGAUCCAAAGGCAGAAGAUGCAAGAAUUCCAGAUUCUGAGCUUCCAAGAUGUGUAACAUGUUCAGGACUCUUGCGUCCUAAUGUGGUCUGGUUUGGAGAAGGUCUUGAUCCUGAUGUAUUAUCCAGAGCAGAGGAUGAGCUGAGGACGUGUGACUUGUGUUUGGUGGUGGGAACGUCUUCAGUAGUGUAUCCUGCUGCUAUGUUUGCCCCACAAGUUGCAGCUCGAGGAGUGCCAGUAGCAGAAUUCAACCUAGAAGCAACACCAGCUACAGACUCAUUUGGGUUUCACUUUGAGGGACCAUGUGGAACAACACUACCUAUUGCCCUUGCUCCUUGAUUAAAUGAACGACAUGCUUAGGAUUCCAACCAAGAGAAUUUAAUCAUAUGUAAUUGUAUAUAUAUUGUGAAAUGCAAAUUUGUAUAAAACUUUUAUGCUAUAUUAAGAAAAUAUUUAUGUUAAAAGAUUGCCUUUGUCAUAGUUCAGACAAGAUACCAAGGGGCCUCAAUUACAAUGGUUGGGAGUCCCGUAAGAUACCUACUAUAAUUUUGUUAUCAAUAAAACUUUAUAAUGCACAGAACUGAGGCUUGUGACAUUUUAAGUGACAUUGGUAAUACUAGAUUUAAGCUUACUGCUGUAACUAUAUUCACAUUCUCCUGUGAAACUCAGUGUUUAGUAAAUUAUACUUGAGGAUAUUA